GUGUGUGUGUGUUCCUCUGCAGCAGGUGGCGCUGUUGUUUAUUGUGCUCGUGAAAACAGGAGCGAGUUCCGGUGAAUAUCAAAUUUCUGCUUGUUCUCCUGCUCAUCGAUGAAUUUCGUUGAUAAUUUACACAAAUGGACGAGUAGGAUGGAUCUGGACUUCGGGAACAAACUGCCCCAGGCUCUGUCGACAAACACUAAACUGCCCCAGUCUCUCUCCUCUAGCGCGAGGUUUCUGUCCUCAGACCCGUUCGAGCGCUGCGGGCGCCAGCCGGGAGUCAAAGUCAAAGAAGAAGACGAGAGUGUGGAGGACUUCUUUCAUUUCGCUCAGCACCUGCAGCAGCAGACCGGAGAGUGUCUCACGGCUUGCUGCGGCGGAUCGAACCCUAAGAGCCUGUCUCUCUCGGAUCCGGCCAAGACCCACAGUCGCCCCUCGGCGGACCGGCCGUACCACUGCCAGGACUGCGGCAAAUACUUCCGGAUCAACGACAUCAAGCGGCACCAGCGGAUCCACAGCGGAGAGCGGCCCUUCCCCUGCUUCCAGUGCGGCAAGAACUUCCCCACCUCCGGGGACCUGAAGAGACACGAGCGCAUCCACACGGGCGAGCGGCCCUACCACUGCCUGCAGUGCGGCAAGAACUUCUCCGACUCGGGCCACCUCAAGCAGCACGAGAGGAUGCACACGGGCGAGCGGCCCUACCAGUGUCCGCAGUGCGCCAACUUCUACCGCUCCGGAGACCUCAAGCGCCAGAGGAUCCACAGCGGCGAGCGGCCCUACAAGUGCCUGCAGUGCGGCAAGACCUUCUCCGACUCCGGGCACCUGCGGGGCCACCAGCGCAUCCACACCGGAGAACGGCCCCACCGCUGCACGCUCUGCGAGAAGAGCUUCUUCAGAUCGGGCGACCUGAAGCGGCACCACAGAACGCACACGGGCGAGCGGCCCUACCAGUGCUUCCAGUGCGGGAAGAGCUUCUCCGAGUCGGGACACCUGAAGGAGCACCGGCGGAUCCACACCGGAGAGAAGCCCUACCACUGCAACCAGUGCGACAAGAGCUUCUCGCGGCUGGAGCGGCUCAAGGGCCACCAGAGCAUCCACACGGGCGAGCGGCCCUUCCACUGCACGCAGUGCGGCAAGAACUUCUUCCGCUCGGGAGAACUGAAGCGGCACCAGAGGAUCCACAGCGGCGAGCGGGCGUGAGCUCGAGACGACCCCCUGACCGCACGCCUGACCUCACUGAAGCUGUAAGACUGUAGAGGACUCUGUUAGAGGUCAGCAUGUGCUGUUAUAAAUGUGUGCGUGGCCGUAAUGAAGCUCCAGCUGUGGCUCUGACUUCACCGACGGAUGCUUGUUCUUCACACUCUGUAUGUUGUUGAGAAAUAUAUAGCGUCUCCUAUGUUUGUGACUGAUUAGAACUGUAUAUUGUACAGCAGGAUAGUGUUACUGUGUAUGCUCACAUUCCCUGUAUUUAAGGAAUCCUGUUUUUUCGUUUUUAAAUAUAAACCUGAACUGUUUUACUGUUAACGUGAUCUGAGGCCACUGAAGCGUUUCUGAAUCCUCUCUGGUUCCGGUGUUUGUCUCUGUGUUUUACCAGCUGCUGUGAAUCAUGUAUGUGAAACACCAAAUAACACGUUACUAUCUAACCCUAACUCUUUAUCGUCUCAGCUGUCAUGAAAGAAGUUAUAAAGUAUAGUGUUUUUGAGCACUAGAUGAUUAAUUUAGUAAACUGAGCUCAUAAAUCACAUUAGAUUUACUUGUUAGCUUUUUAAAAUUAGCUCUUUACAUGUAUUAUUGUUUAGAAUCGUCUUCUAUUUUUACUUCAUGUAUUUAACCAUCUUUACCUUGUGUUCAGUUCUGUUUACAGUAAUGAGGGUGUUUUCUUCAUAUGUGUGUGUCAUCCUUAAUAAACACUUCACCUCUAAUAACAGCCGCACACGUGAACAUUCAGUGUAUUGGCCUUCUGUAACACUGUAACACUGCCUCAUUACAUCAUUAAUUAAUAAACGAUGACGUGAGCUGAA